UUCUUGUUGGAUAGCCAAGAUGCGUCCCCAGUUCCCACUCCCAUUGGGUGCCGGGUUUCUAGAGAAGCCAAUCAGCGUCGCCGCGGUCCCGGUUCUAAAGUCCCCAGUCACCCACCCCGACUCAGAUUCUCCCCAGGGGCCGAGGAUAGCGGUCAUGGCGCCCCAAACCCUCCUCCUGCUGCUCUCGGGGGCCCUGGCCCUGACCCAGACCCUGGAGGGCUCCCACUCCCUGACGUAUUUCUACACUGCGGUGUCCCGGCCCGGCCGUGGGAAGCCGAGCUUCAUUGCCGUGGGCUACUUGGACGACACGGAGUUCGAGCGGUUCCACAGCGACGCAGCGAGUCCGAGGAUGGAUCCGCGGGCGCCGUGGAUGGAGCAGGAGGGGCCGGAGUAUUGGGACCGGGAGACAACUAGCCUCAAGGCGGACGCACAGAUUAGCGAAAUGUGCGUGAGGAUCCUGGCCGGCCACUACAACCAGAGCGAGGCCAGGUCUCACACCUUCCAGAGGAUGUAUGGCUGCGAAGUGGGGCCAGAUGGGCGCUUCCUCCGCGGGUAUGACAAGAGAGCCUACGACGGCAAGGAUCACAUCGCUCUGAACGAGGACCUGCGCUCCUGGACUGCAGCAGUCACGGAGGCUCAGAUCAGCCAGCGCCAGUUGGAGGCGAACAAUGUGGCUGAGCGGAUGAGAGCCUACCUGGAGGGCGAGUGCCUGGAGUUGCUCCGCAGACACCUCGAGAACGGGAAGGAGACACUGCAGCGCCUGGAUCCCCCAAAGACACAUGUGACCCACCACCCCAUCUCUGACCAAGAGGUCACCCUGAGGUGCUGGGCCCUGGGCUUCUACCCUGCGGAGAUCACACUGACCUGGCAGCGGGAUGGGGAGGACCAAACUCAGGACACUGAGCUUGUGGAGACCAGGCCUUCAGGGGAUGGAACCUUCCAGAAGUGGGCAGCUGUGGUGGUGCCUUCUGGAGAGGAGCAGAGAUACACGUGCCAUGUGCAGCACAAGGGGCUGCCAGAGCCCCUCAUCCUGAGAUGGGAGCCAUAUUCCCAGCCCACCAUCCCCAUCGUGGGCAUUGUUGCUGGCCUGGCUGUCCUAGGAGCUCUGGUCACUGGAGCUGUGGUCACUGCUGUGCUGUUGCAGAGGAAGAGCUCAGGUGGAAAAGGAGGGAGCUACUCUCAGGCUGCGUGUAAGUGGUGGGGGCGGGAGUGUGGAGGAGCUCACCCACCCCAUAAUUCCUCCUGUCCCACAUCUCCUGUGGGGUCUGACCAGGUCCUGUUUUUGUUCUACCCCAGGCGGUGACAGUGCCCAGGGCUCUGAUGUAUCUCUCACGGCUUGUAAAGCCUGAGACAGGUGCCUUGUGUGGGACUGAGAUGCAGGAUUUCUUCACGCCUCCCCUUUGUGACUUCAAGAGCCUCUGGCAUCUCUUUCUGCAAAGGCAUCUGAAUGUGUCUGCUUUCCUGUUUGCAUAAUGUGAGGAGGUGGAGAGACAGCCCACCCCAUGUCCACCAUGACCCCUGUCCCCACGCUGACCUGUGUUCCCUCCCCAGUCAUCUUUCCUGUUCCAGAGAGGUGGGGCUGGGUGUCUAUAUCUCUGUCUCAGCUUCAUGGUGCACUGAACUACAACCGCUUACUUCCCUACUGAAAAUAAGAAUCUGAAUAUAAAUGUGUUUUCUCAAAUGUUUUCCAUGAGAGGUUGAUGAGUUAAUUAAAUAAUUCAAUUCCUAAAAUUUGAGAGAGGAAAUAAAGACCUGAGAACCUUCCAGAAUC